GCCAAAGCGCCGCUGGCUGAGGCCAAACGAGCGUGGUCGGGGGAGCGGGCGCGGCAGCAGCAGCAGCAGCCAGCGACGAGGAGCCCUCCGAGACGCGUCAGACGGGCUGCAUGUGCCGCGGCUUGGCUCCGGCCGCUGCAUCCUUCCGAGCCCAGCCGGAGACGCCGGCAAGCAUGGAGGAAGGGAUCCCUCGCGUGCAAGAGAGGCCCGGGUUGGAACACCACCAGGACUUCCUCGGACUGGAUUAUCCCUCCUUGUACAUGUGCAAACCCAAGAGAGGCAUGAAGAGAGAGGACAGCAAGGAAACCUACAAACUGCCCCACAGGUUGAUAGAAAAGAAGAGGCGAGAUCGGAUUAAUGAAUGCAUUGCUCAGCUGAAAGACUUAUUGCCGGAGCAUCUGAAAUUGACAACUCUGGGGCAUCUGGAGAAAGCGGUUGUCUUGGAAUUGACUUUAAAACACUUAAAAGCUUUAACGGCCUUAACGGAGCAACAGCAUCAGAAGAUAAUUGCAUUGCAGAAUGGAGAACGAUCUCUGAAGUCUCCCCUGCAAUCCGAACUGGAUGCUUUCCAUUCUGGAUUCCAGACAUGCACCAAAGAAGUCUUGCAAUACCUCUCCAAGUUUGAAAGCUGGACUCCCUGGGAGCAACGAUGUGCUCAGCUCAUCAGCCAUCUGCACGCAGUUUGCACCCGGUUCCUUCCCAGCCCACAGCUGCUGACCCCCAAGGUUUGUGGCAAGGGACCCACGAGCUCCACCUCCUCGGCCUCCCCCGGGCAGCAAGAGCAGGCUGGCCCCAAGCUGGAGAGCCAACCAAACUGCGUGCCAGUCAUCCAGCGGACUCAGAACUGCAGCAGCAACACCCCUCAACACAGCAGCGGGGAACUCGGGGAGAAUGACACGGACACAGACAGCGGCUAUGGCGGGGAGGGUGAGGGCAGGUCGGAGGGCGAGAAGAGCCAGAGUCGCAUGGCGGUCAAGCAGGAGCCUUCGGUGGAUGAGGCAGCCCCUGUGGCCAAGAGGCUGAAGCUGGACCACCACAGCAGCAACAGCAGCCCCCCCUCUGGUAUGCCGAGCCCUGAACAAGCAGUGGCUGCCCUGCUGAGACCUGACCCAGCCCUGCUGAGCUCCCUGAUGUCCUUUGGUGCUCUGGGGGCAGGUGGAGGCAGGAGUGGUGGUGGGCCCUUUGGCCAGCAGCCAGCUGCUCCCUUCUGCCUACCUUUCUACUUCAUCUCCCCCUCUGCCGCUGCCGCCUACAUGCAGCCCUUCCUGGACAAGAGCAACUUGGAGAAAUAUCUCUAUCCGGCCUCUACUGCUCCCAUUCCUUUGAUCUACCCAGGAAUUCCGGCUCAGGCUGCGGUGGCUGCCGCAGCAGCAGCCACAUUCCCCUGCCUCUCCUCCGUAUUGGCACCAGCAGAGAAAGCCAAUUCUUCUUCUUCUUCUUCCUCCUCCUCAACUCUCCUGUCUCCCGAGGUGGCUUCUCCUGCCCAGUUCCUUCCCCAUCCAUUUGCCUGCAGCCUUGGAGCUCUCAGUGUGGACACGGAUCUCCCCUCCCUAGAGCAACCGUUGCUGUCUGGUAAAGAAACCCCCUGAGAGUUCUUGCACCCUAGGAAACAAAUCAUGCUGUUCAUGAUUCCUAUUGAAGAGGAAGUUGUCAUCCCUUGUGAGAAGGAACUGCAGAUUCCCCUUCUCUCUGAAUCCUUUUACAGUGGAACUGAAUUAGGUGGGCUGUUCAUUAUUAGGUGAAAGAGAAGGUUUCCUGUCCCCGCUUCCCUCCAUGACUUUUUGGAGAAUUCCUUUCUUAACCCCCCAUGCAUUGCUUAUAUUUUUAAACAAUGUUUUUCAUUCUCAUGUUUCAUGAGCUUGCCAGUUUCCCCCCUCCCCAUCAAUGUAAAGCAAACGGAAAGAGUGCUUUGGGGGAGGGGAGUGGAACUUCCUUUGUACUGAAAAGGUUCUAAGAUUGUAAGUGAUUCAGGAAAAAGGAGAAGAGUGUACAGCAAUAUGUGGGAUAUUCUACUGAUCAUGUAAUCAUAGGUACAUGGAUAUCGUAAUGAUAAUACUUGCAGCAAAGUCUCUCAUGCCUGACAAAAC